ACUAUCAAUUUUCAAACAACGUGAUAUUUGAGUACUUCUGUAUAUUUAGAGUUACUGGCAGCCAAACCCAAAAUUCAAAAUUACAAUUUUUUAUUGGCGGACCUUGCAUUGACUCAAGUGCUCUAGACGUUUUGCAUUGCAUGCAAACUUCAUUUGUUUUCUGAGGAAAUAUUCGGAAAAGUAAUCGUUUGUUAUUUCUCACACAAGGCUAUACCGGUGAAGAACACAAAUGAACACCAUAGUGGUAAACCAGCAGCCGGUGGGCAGGCAAAUGCUGAUCGGGCCCGUCCAUGGCCAUAGGGACUGGGAUAGCGGGAUAUGUGCCUGCUUCUCCGACUGCAACUCAUUGAUUAUGACGUACUGCUGCCUGGCGUGCGCAAUCUGUAACAUCUCGAUACGGGCCGGAGAGUGUAUGUUUAUGCCCUGGUGUGUGCCCGGGGGUCUAAUUGCUCUCAGGGCCCGAAUCAGGACGCUUGGAGGCAUCGAGGGUUCCAUAUGCAGUGACUGCAUGGCGAUGUCAUGCUUUCCCUUGUGUGCCAUUUGCCAGAUGCAGAGAGAACUCGAAGCUAUGGGCCUCUAAAUUGACCAGCAGCCCGAGCGAUUUCUGAUAGAAGAUCUUGAAGAGAUCAUUACACGAAUAAUGAACCUUGUACAUAAAACUAGAACAUGCAUGUUUUAUUUUUGUAAACAUAGAAACUUCACUAGUGUUGUGAAUAGUUAUUGUUUUAUUAUUUCUACAAUAGCUGUUUAGAAAGGAAUGCGAUAUUAAAGCAUGAUAUCUG